AGUCUUUCACUUGCAGUUAAAGUUGCUGGAAUACCAAGUAUUUUUAGGCUAAUUUACUUAACACAGGAAACUGGCUCUGAUUAUUACACCACUAUGCUAGUAAACACUGAUCUCAUAGAAUUUCUUGAGCUUCAAGAUAAUCUGAAACUUUCAACU